GAAGUCGGGUGCCAGCAGCUGGCGCGUCGCCGGCGGCGGGCCGCCUGGCACCAUGCUUUGCGGCUCUCCCGGCGUCCUCAGGGCCUCCGCAGCGCCCGCCGCGGCCCUGGCUGCGGCGCUGCUCUCGUCGCUCGCGCGCUGCUCUCUCCUGGAGCCGGGCGACACGGUGGCCUCGGCGCUCAGCCCUUACUUCGGCACCAAGACUCGCUAUGAAGAUGUCAACCCGGCGCUGCGGUCGGACCCCGAGGUGCCGCGGCGGGACCCGAAGUUGCUCGAAGGUUCCUGCACCCCGGUGCAGCUGGUCGCCCUCAUCCGCCACGGCACCCGCUACCCUACGGCCAAGCAGAUCCGCAAGCUGAGGCAGCUGCACGGGCUGCUGCAGACCCGCAGGCCCGGCGGUGGGGAUGGGGAGGCCGGCGGCCUGGGCGCCACGCUGGCCGCCUGGCCGCUGGGCUACGCGGACUGGAUGGACGGGCAGCUGGUGGAGAAGGGACGGCAGGACAUGCGGCGACUGGCGCUCCGCCUGGCCGCGCUCUUCCCGGCCCUUUUCAGCCGGGAGAACUAUGGCCGCCUGCGGCUCGUCACCAGCUCCAAACACCGCUGCGUGGAGAGCGGCGCCGCCUUCCUGCAGGGACUGUGGCAGCAUUACCACCCGGGCUUGCCGCCACCCGACGUCGCUGAUAUGGAGUGUGGACCUCCAAGAAUCAAUGACAAACUAAUGCGAUUCUUUGAUCAUUGUGAGAAGUUUUUAGCCCAAGUGGAAAGGAAUGCAACGGCUCUUUAUCAUGUAGAAGCCUUCAAGACUGGACCAGAAAUGCAGACUAUUUUAAAAAAAGUUUCAGAUACUUUACAAGUACCAGUCAAUGAUUUAAAUGCAGAUUUAAUUCAGGUGGCUUUUUUCACCUGUUCAUUUGACCUGGCAAUUAAAGGCAUUAAAUCUCCUUGGUGUGAUGUUUUUGAUGUAGAUGAUGCAAAGGUAUUAGAAUAUUUAAAUGAUCUGAAGCAGUAUUGGAAAAGAGGCUAUGGAUAUACCAUUAAUAGUCGCUCCAGCUGCACUCUAUUUCAGGAUAUCUUUCAGCACUUGGACAAAGCUGUUGAACAGAAGCAAAGGUCUCAACCAGUUUCUUCUCCAGUCAUCCUUCAGUUUGGCCAUGCAGAGACACUGCUUCCACUGCUUUCUCUCAUGGGCUACUUCAAAGACAAGGAACCCCUAACAGCCUAUAAUUAUGAGGAACAAGUCCAACGGAAGUUCCGAAGUGGCCACAUUGUACCUUAUGCCUCCAAUCUCAUAUUUGUGCUUUACCAUUGUGAGGAUGCUAAGACUCCUAAAGAAGAGUUCCAAGUACAGAUGUUGUUGAAUGAAAAGGUGUUACCCAUGGCUCACUCGCAGGAUACUGUUUCUUUAUAUGAGGAUCUAAAGAACUACUACAAGGACAUUCUGCAGAGUUGUCAAGCCAGUGAAGAAUGUGCAUUACCAAAGAUGAACAGCACUUUUGAUGAGCUAUGAGUGACAGCAGAACUUUCUUAGUAGUGUUUUCCUGAGGGUGUUUACAUGCUUGAAAUAGGUAGGCAAUCCUUUGAAUUUUCAUAGAGAAAUAGUCUCUUUUGGGGUCUGGACAUAGUAGAUGAAUGAUUCUUCGCUGGAGCAGCUCUCUUAAG